AGCCACGCAGUGACCUGGAAAUUACAUAGUCGCUGCAAAAGUUGGGCAAAGAAAAUCGCCGAUCAAAAUUUUCCAAAAGAAAGGCUGACGAUGGGAACCCUAGGGAAAGCCAUAUACGCCGUCGGAUUCUGGAUUCGCGAGACCGGUCAGGCCCUCGAUCGCCUCGGCUGCCGCCUCCAAGGCGACUACUUAUUCCAAGAGCAACUUUGUAGGCAUCGGACUCUGAUGAACAUAUUUGAUAAAGCUCCUGUGGUCGACAAGGAUGCAUUUGUAGCCCCUAGCGCGUCAGUCAUUGGUGAUGUUCAGGUGGGAAGAGGAUCAUCUAUUUGGUAUGGGUGUGUUUUAAGGGGGGAUGUCAACAGCAUUAGUGUAGGAUCCGGAACUAACAUACAAGACAACUCCCUUGUGCAUGUGGCAAAGUCUAACAUAAGUGGGAAAGUGCUAUCAACUAUCAUUGGGGACAAUGUUACUGUUGGUCAUAGUGCUGUUUUACAUGGCUGUACUGUUGAGGAUGAAGCAUUUGUUGGCAUGGGAGCAACACUUCUUGAUGGUGUAGUAGUGGAGAAACAUGCUAUGGUUGCUGCUGGAGCACUUGUGAGACAAAAUACAAAGAUCCCUACCGGGGAGGUGUGGGGAGGCAAUCCGGCGAAGUUCCUGAGGAAGCUAACUGAUGAAGAGAUAGCAUUUAUUUCUCAGUCAGCCACCAAUUAUACCAACCUUGCACAGGUACAUGCAGCUGAGAAUGCAAAGCCCUUCGAUGAAAUUGAAUUUGAGAAAGUUCUCCGCAAGAAGUUUGCUCGUAGGGAUGAAGAGUAUGACUCAAUGCUGGGCAUCGUACGUGAAACACCCCCAGAACUAAUUCUUCCAGAUAAUGUCCUACCAGAUAAAGAAAAGAAGUCUUCACAAAAAUGAUCCUUUUCACAAGAUAUUUUUUUGUUUGCUUCAAGCCUUGAGAUUUGGCAUCAAGGAAUAUUUGUUGCUAUGUGCAAGUAAGUACAUGGCUGAAGGAUGAUUUUCUUUCCCAAUAAUACCGGACAAGUUUUAGCCUAGAAUCAUGGCUCCUUUUUAGCAUUAUGCUCUACUCUUUGGAUGGUCACUCAGAGACUCAUUCCAAGACCGGAGGAAUGUAUUACUAAGAUGCUUUUAUUCUUGAUGAUUGUGAUUUUGUACUCAUUAAACUCAUUCUUGGCCCCUUCUGACUAUGAUGGGUCACUUUGCGUUGGUGGGCAGUUGGUGAGCCACGUUCAAUUACAUGGUCAGGACUCGGGAGGACAAGAAGGAACCAAACUAGGGUUUAGAUCUCUUUAUUCUACAAGUGCCCCUGGGCGAGCGAGGUAACUCACUGCUCAUAGGAUCUAUUCCGCUCUCCCGGAGAUCACUGAACUCUGCUGAAGCAGGUUAGGCGCUUUCCACAUUAGGAAGCACACUAUUUGUAAUGUUGAUGUUGAUCCGCAGGCACUGGCAUUCCUAGGACUAGUUUUCCUGGCUUUACUCGACUCAGUCGGGGCAGAAGUUUGAGCUCAAAUUACAAGUUAAUAAAAAUAAUUUUAGUAAUUGGAUCUUUUUUUGCAAUAAUUAAAGCGUUGAUCGGAUUUUUCUUUCUU